ACUGAGGUAGCGGGAUAUUUUUAAUUGAAAGCACGGAACAGCGAAGCCUGAUUUGCGGCUGAAAGUAAAGGAACGCCCAGAAUAGACUUACACGAUGUUACGCUCGACAGAGGACGGCGACCGCUAUGAGUUAUCAAGCCCGACGGCACUGCCGAAGGCCGGUGGCUUCUUAUGGAAUCAGAAGAUGAUGAUACAGAUGACCUGCCGUGGAUAUGCGACGGCGCAAUUCAUGCAGCCGGAGCCGUCAAAAUAUGCCCACGCUCCAAACCUAGAGGCCAAGACCUUUAUGCAGCCCGAGCAGAACUAUUAUGCUCAUCAUCCGGGUCGUUUCGUAUAUAUCAAGGAUGAAGAGACUAGUCAAAUAUUUUCGGCACCAUACGAGCCGGUGCGUGCUUCGCUUGACCGAUUCGUGUUUUCUGUCGGUAAAAGCGAUAUCUCUUGGACAGUUGAGCAUCUCGGUAUUCGCGUGGAGCUGACGUUGGUGAUUCCGACGCACGAUGUGGUUGAACUCUGGUCUGUUAAGGUGACUAAUCUGAGUGGACGGCCGCGUAAAAUCAGCGUGUACCCCUAUUUCCCAUUCGGUUAUAUGUCAUGGAUGAACCAGGAAGCGGAGUGGCGACCGGAUCUUGGCGGCAUAGUAGGCAGCAGCAUCACACCAUACCAGAAGGCGGCGGAUUACUGGAAGAACAAAUUCCUAAAGGACAAAUCCUACUUCCUCGCAGAGACCGCGCCGGUCUCGUGGGAGGCCAUGCAAGAGACUUUUGAGGGUGAAGGUGGUCUUCACGCGCCCUCAGCACUAACGAAGCCUCAGCUUAGUUGUAGCGAAGCUCGCUACGAAACACCAGCAGCUGUGGUUCAAUAUCGGACUGAACUGAAAGCAGACGACCAGCGCGAGUACCGCUUCCUCUUCGGCCCCGCCUUUGAUGAUGCCGAGAUACGCGCCGUCCGCGAUAAAUAUCUUAGCAAGGAAGGGUUCGCGCAGACGGCAAAGGAAUACGCAGAAUACACCGGUAAAGGAAAGGGUUGUCUGCAAAUCGAAACGCCAGACAAGCAUGUGGACAACUUCGUCAAUAACUGGUUACCGCGCCAGUGCUAUUACCAUGGCGACGUAAACCGGUUGACCACGGAUCCGCAGACGCGCAAUUACCUGCAGGACAACAUGGGAAUGUCGUACAUCAAGCCCGAGGUCGCGCGUAAAGCUUUUCUGAUAGCAGUCUCACAACAAGAGAAGGACGGGGCUAUGCCUGAUGGUAUCUUGUUAACGGAGGGUGCCGAACUCAAGUAUAUCAACCAGAUCCCACACACCGAUCACUGUAUCUGGUUACCGGUAACACUGGAGGCAUAUCUUGCGGAGACGGGUGAUUACGACCUCCUGAAGGUACCGGUAAAGGGAAUGCAUGGCGAUACCUAUACCGUGUUUGAACGUUUUAGCAGGGCAAUGGAUUGGCUACAUUUGGCCCGUGAUGCUUAUGGGUUGAGCUAUAUUGCACAGGGAGACUGGUGCGAUCCGCUAAACAUGGUCGGCUAUAAAGGAAAGGGUGUAUCAGGAUGGCAGACGGUCGCUACUGCGUUUGCGCUGAAGCUGUGGGCGGACGUAUGCGAGCAUGAGUCAAAACCCGACUUAGCAGAACAAUACCGAGCAAAAGCUAAGGGAGUCAACGAAGCUGCUAACACGCAUCUGUGGGACGGUGACUGGUAUGCACGAGGCAUCACGGAUGACAAUGUAGUUUUCGGGGUUAAGAAGGACCUAGAGGGUCGUAUCUGGCUAAACCCACAGACAUGGUCGAUUCUAAGUGGAGCGGCUAGUACCGACCAAAUCUCGCGAAUGCUACAUCAGAUAGAUUCGCAGAUGAGUACACCCUAUGGUACCGUGAUGUUCGCUCCCCCUUACAGCGCUAUGCGAGAGGACGUUGGCCGUGUAACACAGAAGUACCCAGGCUCGGCUGAAAAUGGGUCAGUGUAUAAUCACGCAGCCGCCUUCUAUAUCCACAGCUUGUAUUCGAUAGGGGAGAGCGAUCGGGCAUACGACGUCCUGCGGAAGAUGAUCCCCGGCCCUUCAGAAGAAGAUUACGUGCAACGAGGCCAGCUUCCCGUAUAUAUCCCCAAUUACUACCGCGGCGCCUACCAGAAAUAUCCGCGCACGGCAGGUCGGUCCAGUCAGCUAUUCAACACAGGGACUGUAUCCUGGGUAUACCGGUCCUUUAUUGAAGGGUUAUGUGGUCUGAGUGGCGACGCAAAGGGUUUGCGUAUUCAGCCGCAGUUGCCAUCCGCCUGGAACGCCAUCAAAGUGACACGCUUGUUCCGCGGUGCAACAUUUGUGAUAGAUAUACACCGUUCGGGAGAUGUGAAGGAGGUAGUAGUGAAGUACGACGGUCGAAUUCUUCCGGAAGCACGCUUCACUAACAUCCAGCCCGGUGAGACGUACCAGUUGUCUGUCUCGGUGCCUAAUUAAUGUAGUUGUUGAUGGUUGCGAACUGUGUGGCAGAUAGCAUACUAAUUCUAUGCUGAGCCAACUAAUUGAAGUUGAAACUAAAAGAGGCCUGGAAAGUUAGGAUGAUUUUCUGCCGAGCUAAUUAGACACGCUUGUUAAAUCUGCUCUUGGCUCAUUAAAACAUGUUAAUAGAUGGCACUAUUUCCUUUUAGAGAAAUUGUAUCU